GCGCUCUAGGUCGCGGGAAUGAAAACGCGGUCCAUCUGAUCUUGGUUUGAUAUGUUAUCUAUCCUUUUUGAUUAUUAGAACAGUAAUUUGUCUGCAUAUAUUUAGACGAUAGCCUUAGUUAAUUCUGGUGGUGUAUUUUAAUUGUGUCUAAAUUUACCUAACGUAUAAUGGAGGAUCAACUGCUUUUCGAAAAUAUUGAUGAGAAGUUAGAGGAUGAAGAUGGAUUUAUUACUGCCAACUGGUUAUCUGUCACUUUUGACUUGCAUAUAGAUGCAUCGAGACGUUUGAUGGCGGCGUAUCUUCAGGCACGUGAAAACUUGUCAUCUGUAUAUCUACUGACUGGAAUCAGUAUACAAAAUGAAGUGUUAGUUAGAUUAGCUGACUCGGACCAGUUAUCACUGGCUAAGCAGUCGUUCUCAUUUCCACCUAAAUGUGUUGUGUAUAGUAUACAACGCCGAAAGUGCAAGGAUUCUUCGUCAUUGGCUUGCUACGAUUUAUUGCAUAAUAUUUCUACAGAUAAAUUGAAAAGAUUAACUAGUAUUUCGUGGGAGGCACCUUGUGACGUACCUUCAUGUCAAGAGAAUCAAGAGACUUCACAGAAAGCUCCGGAACAUGUUGACUCUCCCGUGUUACCGAGUCUUGCUACUACUGGACGCAAUGAGAAAAUCAAAACUUCGGAUUUCAAAAACUUUUUUAGUAAAAUUCAGCAUUCUGUUCAGGAUGAUAAAACUCCUAGAAAUUGCCUAAAAUCAAUCAAUAAAACGGACGUAAUUCCUAAACCAGUAGAAAGUACCAAAGUGGACAACGUAUCAGACGAGGACGAAGAAUUUGGUCCAAAAGCUACAUAUUCUUCGCAAAAGCGGAAACGUAUUGUUAUUGAGUCCGAUGAAGAAGAAAAAGAAGAAAAGAAAAUUACGGUGCCUAAUGAUUGUCUGUCUUCUACUUUGUUCAGUUCUAAAGCCAAUGCAAAACGUGAAAACAUGGACAUAAAGAAAAGACGAUCUACUCGCAGUAAAGAUCAAUUGAAAGUAUUGGCUUCUGAUUCAGAAACUGAUUCAUUUGUCAUGGAACCUACACAACCAGAAAAAUCACCCGAUGAUAUUAAGAAAGUCAAUGGUAAAACUUCAUCGACACUGGGCAAGUAUGAAGAAUCAAAAACUGAAAAAUCUAGCAAUGUUCGUUCAAAUCGUAUUCGACAUCAAGUAAUGAAGACGUUUGCAGAUGAAGAUGGCUUUAUGGUGACAGAAAAAGGUUGGGAAAGUGCAUCAGACGAUGAAAUCUCUAAACUCACAACAGCACCCUCUCAUUCUAGUGCGGAUCAAAAUCAGAAAAAUCAACUUAUUGGACAACCAAAAACUGAUAAUCCUGCCCCUCUAACUGCGCCACCAACGAUUCAACAGACUAGGCCUACCAAACAGUCAAACAAAAAGAACACAAAUAAUAAACCGACGGCUAGUAAACAAGCUUCUUUGUCAUCAUUUUUUAAACCUAGUAGUAAUGCAAGCUAAUUACAUACAGAUUCUAUUGUAAAUUAUUUCCUGUGAUUCUGUUGCGAAAUCUAUGUAUAUAAAACUAUUAUAAAAAAUGAGCACAU